AUGGCAAAGAGAAAGUUAGAAGAACAAAUCGUUGAAGAUGAAGAAUUCAAAUCAUUUUCUGAUAGGGAAGACGAAAAUGAUGAUAUAGAAAUGGAAGAUAGUAAUGGACAUUCUCAAAAUGGUCGAGCUACAAGUGAGACUAAUAAUGGAGAAGAUGAAGAAGACGAUAGUACCACUUCACAACCUCCAACCAACAAGAAACAAAAGAAACAUCAACCACCAAAUAAACAACUUACAGCACAGGAAAUCCAAGUUGCAAGAGAAACAGCAGAGUUGUUCAAGUCUAAUAUUUUUAAACUUCAAAUUGAUGAAUUAAUGAAAGAAGUUAAAAUCAAGAAAAAUCAUGAAGAAAAAUUGGAAAGAGUUUUACGUCGUUUACAUGAUUUGAUUAAACAAGUUCCUACCAUUGAAAACUUGACUUUACAAAAAGCAGAGCAACAAUUCAACCCUAAAAAAUUAGUCAUACCAUUUCCAGAUCCUAAACCAACCAAAGUCAACUAUACUUUUUCUUAUUUACCACCAGAAGAUAUUUCCUUAGUUGGUUCAUAUGGUUUGAAAACUACAAUUAAUCCUCAAAAGGGUCUGAGUAUAGAUAUUGCUUUGACUAUGCCAAAACAAAUCUUUCAACCAAAGGAUUAUUUGAACUACCGUGCAUUAUAUAAACGUGCCUUUUAUUUGGCAUACUUGGCUGAACAUUUGAUUCACUCAUCUAAAAAGAACAAUUUGCCAAUUAAGAUUUCAUACCAUUACCUAAAUGAUGAUGUCUUGAACCCAGUCUUGAAACUUGAAAGUAUUCAAACUGAAAACCCAGAUGAUUUGAAUUUUGUCAAAACAAAAUUCUCCAUUAACGUAAUUGCUGCAUUCCCAUUUGGUAUUUUUGACACAAAGAAAUUACUUCCAGAUAAGAAUUGUAUACGAGUCCAAGCUGAAAGUGAGACUUUACCACCAACUCCAUUAUACAAUUCCAGUCUUCUCAGUCUGACUGCUUAUGAUUACUACUUGAAGUAUUUGUACACAACCAAGAAGUCGGCCGAAGCUUUCCAAGAUGCAUGUAUCUUGGGUAGACUCUGGCUACAACAAAGAGGAUUCGGUUCCUCAAUUAACAAAGGAGGUUUUGGCCACUUUGAAUUUUCAAUGUUGAUGAGUGCUUUAUUGAAUGGUGGUGGUUUGAAUGGAAAUAAAAUAUUGUUGCAUGGGUUCUCCUCCUACCAAUUGUUCAAAGGUACUAUCAAGUAUUUAGCAUCCAUGGAUUUAAACAGUGGUUACUUAUCAUUUUCUUCAUUAAUCGGAGAAACCAUUGCUUCCAAGUUUAAGGAAGGUGGAUUCAAUGUACCAACAAUUUUUGAUAAGAACACUAAAUUGAAUAUAUUGUGGAAAAUGACUAGAAGUUCAUACAGACAGUUACAAUUACAAGCACAACAAACAUUAGAUUUGUUGAAUGAUGUUGUUAAGGACAGAUUUGAUGCAAUUUUGUUACAGAAAUCACAUUUUGAUCAAAUGAAGUAUGACAUUGUUAUCAGUUUAACUGCACCAGAAGACACAUUUGAUUCAUUUGGGCCAUUGGAAAAGAUAUCUUAUAUCAGCUUCGAUAACUAUUUUAAGAAUCGUUUGUAUGCCAUAUUAAGCAAAGCAUUAGGUGAUAGAGCAACGUUAAUUUCUAUUAGAAAUGAAAGUCCUGCUGUCAAUUACCCAAUACAUAAAAGAAAGCCAUCCAAUCCAAGUACUGGAUUUAUCGUUGGAUUACAAUUGAAUGCAGAUGAAUCAGAUAAAUUGGUGACAAAAGGUCCAAAUAAUGAAGAUAAAGAAGAAGGUUUAAAAUUUAGAUCAUUCUGGGGAAAUAAAGCUUCAUUGAGAAGAUUCAAAGAUGGUUCUAUCCAACACUGUGUUGUUUGGAAUAUCAAAGAUCAGGAACCAAUUGUUCUAACUAUUAUAAAAUAUGCAUUAGAUACUCAUUUACAUUCAGAUAUGUCACAACAUUUAGUAACUGAAGUGGCUACUUUUGAUAGAAAAUUGCCUGUCCCAUUGUUGCCAGCUGCUUCUAACCAAGUCGUCACUUCUUUGACAAGCUUCACUAUGCUCAGAAAUGCUUUUGAAAAUAUGAGUAAGACAUUGAUCAAUUUGGAGUUGCCAUUAAAUGUCAAGACUGUUUUGCCAGCCUCCUCAUCUUUGAGAUACACUUCUGUUUUGCAACCUGUUCCAUUUGCCGCUUCUAAUCCAGAUUUCUGGAAUGAUUGUGUUGUCCAAUUUGAAAGUUCUGCAAGAUGGCCAGAUGAAAUUAGUGCAUUAGAAAAAACAAAAUCUGCAUUUUUAUUGAAAAUUAAGGAAGAGUUGAAUGAAACUGAAUACACUUCAUUUGUCACCAAAGACGAAUCAAUUCCAUUUAAUGAAGAUGUUACUUUGUUGAAUAUAUUGACGCCAGAAGGUUAUGGGUUCAGACUUAGAGUGUCAACUGAACGUGAUGAACUUUUGUACUUGAGAGCAGUGGAAAAUGCAGACAAACAAAAGGCAUAUGUGCAAAAUGUUUAUGUCAAAUUUAAUGAAAAGUAUAUGGGAGUUGUCAAACACACAAGAACUAUCACUCAAUUGGCUCAACAUUUCCAAUUCUAUUCACCAACAGUACGAUUCUUCAAACAAUGGUUGGAUUCACAAUUGUUAUUGCAACAUUUCAGUGAAGAAUUGAUUGAGUUGAUUGCAUUGAAACCAUUUGUUGAUCCUGCUCCAUAUUCUAUUCCUCAUUCUGUUGAAAAUGGGUUCUUGCAAAUUUUGAAUUUCAUUGCAAACUGGAACUGGAAGGAAGAUCCGUUGAUUCUUGAUUUGGUUAAGAGCACUGCAGAGGAAGAUGUUAGAUUGAGUGAUAAAUUAACCAUACAACUUCAUAGAAUUAUUGAACAAAACUUUGAAAAAAUCAGAGAAACUGAUCCAACUGGUAUAAAAACUCAAUUAUUUAUUGGUACUAAAGAUGACCCAUCUGGUAUUUUAUGGUCAAAUGACUUAACAUUACCAAUCGCUACAAGAUUAACUGCAUUGUCACGUGCCGCCAUCAAUUUGGUUAAAAAGGAAGGUGUAACAGAAACCAAUUUAGAUUUGAUUUUCACACCUGCAUUACAAGAUUAUGAUUUCACAUUGGAAGUCAAAGCCAAUAACAUUACAGCAUCCUCUGGUGUUUUGCCUCCUAAUACAUUUAAAAAUUUGAUUCAACCAUUGACUUCAUUCCCUGAUGAUAUCACUACAAGAUAUGAUUUGAUCCAAGGUUAUGUUGAUGAAUUGAAUAGAAAAUUUGGUAAUGCUAUCAUUUUCUCAAGUAAGAAAUUUACCGGAUUAUGUAAAGAUAACAAGAAUGUUGUUGGUGGUAUUUUUGUUCCAGCUAAUUUGGCAAAGAAAAAAUUUAGAGUCAAUUUGGGCAUCAAUGUUAAGCCACUUGAUGAAAAUGAUGAAGUGGUUAUCAAUAAGGACUCUAUUUAUGACGAAAUUCAACUUUUAGGAGGUGAUUUGAUCAAAUCCAUGAACAUUAAAAAGUAA